AUCAUCAUGUUGAGCUGCCUCUUCCUCCUGAAGGCGCUUCUUGCUCUUGGGUCCCUGACAUCCUGGGUGACUGCUAGAGCGCACGUGAAAGAAGGAGAGUGCCCUCCUGACGAGAACCCGUGCAAAGAUCUGUGCCAGGGGGAGGGAUCGUGUCCGGCUGGGCAGACGUGCUGCCGCACGGGCUGCAGCCGGGCCUGCCAGGGAGCCUUUCCGCAGGGGAGAAAAGGGGAUUGCCCCAGGGUUGAUUGUUUCAAACAGAAACAAUCCUGUUUGAAGAGGUGCACCACUGAUGACACAUGUCCAGGUGUAAAGAAAUGCUGCAGGUCUGGCUGCGACAAGAGCUGUGUCGCCCCCAUAUCUAAGCAGAAGCUGGGGCCUGGCGGCGAGUGUCCUCCUGACCCCCUUCCGUGCGAGGAGCUGUGUGAUGGGGACGAGUCCUGUCCCCCGGAGCAUAAAUGCUGCAGCACCGGCUGUGGCCACUCCUGCCGCGGAGACAUUAAGGGAGGGCGGAGCGGGGAUUGUCCGAGCAUUCUGGUGGGCCUGUGUAUCGUUACCUGCAUGACGGACGAGAACUGCCAAGCGGGGUACAAGUGCUGCAAGUCGGGCUGCGGCCGCUUCUGUGUCCCGCCAGUUCCGCCGCCCCAACUGGCCAAGUGCCCCAAUGGGACCAUCAGGGCCAGCUCUGAAGUAGAGACCCCGGUGCCCAGCUGUCCCGAGUCGUCCUGA